AUCUACAUGAAAGUGGGUGUGCCUGCGCGAUUCACUUGCCGGCGUUCGCACAGGUCGGGUCGACUCAGUCCUUCACUACUUGUGUCUCGAUUAAAAUCCCUCCGGAUUUUGUCCCACCGAUAACAGAAGCCGGGAGAAGCGGCGAGAAGCAAAAGUAACCGCAGAUAAUUUCGUGAAGUUCUCCAGCCAAAUCGCACCGCAGAAAAAUGUCGCAGCAACAAUAUUACCCGUUCAAGUGCACUCCUACUGUGUAUCCUGCCGAGCCAUUUGAUGCAAAUGCAGAUGCUGCUGUUUUGCGUAAGGCAAUGAAAGGUUUCGGCACUGAUGAGAAAGCGAUCAUCGAUGUACUUACAAGAAGAGGCAUUGUGCAGAGACUGGAGAUUGCAGAGGCAUUCAAGACUCUGUAUGGAAAGGAUCUAAUUAGUGACUUGAAGAGCGAAUUAACUGGGAAGCUGGAAGAUGUUGUCGUUGCCCUUAUGACCCCACUGCCACAUUAUUAUGCCAAGGAGCUGCACGAUGCCGUGACCGGCAUGGGUACCGAUGAGGAAGCAAUUGUUGAGAUUUUGUGUACGCUCAGCAACUAUGGCAUCCGUACAAUUGCUGCAUUUUACGAGAAUUUGUAUAGCAAAUCACUGGAAAGCGAUCUGAAGGGCGAUACGUCGGGUCAUUUCAAGAGGUUAUUGGUAUCUCUGGUGCAAGCGAACCGAGACGAGAAUCAGGGAAUUGAUCACGCCCAAGCAGCUGCUGAUGCCCAGGCAUUAUAUGAAGCUGGUGAGAAGCAGUGGGGUACGGACGAGUCUCAAUUCAAUGCGAUUUUAGUGACACGCAGUUACCAACAACUACGACAGACGUUUAUCGAGUAUGAGAAAUUGUCGGGGCAUGACAUAGAGGUUGCCAUAAAGAAAGAAUUUUCGGGCAGCAUCGAGAAAGGCCUUCUCGGAAUAGUGAAGUGUGUGAAAUCAAAGGUUGGAUUCUUUGCUGAACGUCUUCAUGCCAGUAUGCAUGGUAUAGGUACGAAGGAUCGCACUUUGAUUCGCAUCAUUGUGUCUCGAAGCGAAAUCGAUUUGGGGGACAUUAAGAAGGCAUUCGAGGAACGCUUUGGAAAAUCACUGGAAAGUUGGAUAGCUGGAGACACCUCUGGUGACUACAAGAAGGCGCUUCUUUCUCUCGUUUCCACAUAACUCUGAGGAAGCAAUUAAGAUUUUGGAUGCGGUCUUCGUCAUAUUGGCGCAUAAUAAUAGUAUCUCCAGAAAUAAAAGCUAUUUGUGUAUAUCGAGUAUAUAUACGCCUGCACGCGGGCUCCGGCUUAAUUGCUUAUUGUACUAAUGAAAAGGUAGAGUGUAUUAUGUUGUAUUUUCGAAUUUUACUUUUAUAAUGUCUUUUCGAAAUCUUUAUUUUGUCAUAUAUGUAGAGCAGUUUUAAACUUAAAUGUAUCGUGUUCUAAUCUUGUUUGUGUAAUAUGCUUAACUCUGCUGUUCUGUUCGUUUUAACUGUACAUAUUUAGUGCGUUUGAAAUUGAAUAGACACAGUGAUGCCUUUUUUAAACAUAAUUUUAAUUGGAUACAUCUGUUUGUCUAUAUUGUACAAAUAUCUAUUUAGAAGUAAAAAAUUAUAAAAUAUGUAAAUUGAUGAUUUUGAUAUCUUCGCACUUUAGAUACGAAAAUAGAUCGCGAAUAAAUCCAAACAAAACAGCAGAGUUAAUUAAAUUAUAUUUUAUACAUUUCUACUUCUGUUAAAAUAUAUUGAAAAAUUUAUAUAAAGAAUCUCAUAUGUUAUAUAUGUUUAUAAAAAAACAUUGGGAAAUCGAAAAUAAAAUUAAAGAAAACGAUA